AUUAUGAUUCUUGGAAAAUCAUCUCCAUUCCACUUGCACUUGAAUGCCACCAUGUCAACUUUACUGGGAAAAGUUACAAUGGGUGGGUUGUUGAUGCGAGGAAUAGAGACAAAGGAGAUAAAAACAGUUGCUUCCUCAUCAUAUUACUAGAGUCUUGGAAUAACUAGGUAUUGUUAGGUACCAUGUCUUAGUUCUUCAUGACUUCAACUUCAAGUGUAAACUAUCAAUCCAUUAUAAAUACCGCUCUAGAGUCCAUUUGAAUUGCAUAUGUGAACUGCAAUGAGUGCCUUUUACCAUGAAGAGCCACCAGAGGACUCCAAGAGAUGCAAACUCCUUGCCAUGGUUUUGAAGAAUGUGUGUUCAAAUUGCCAGUGCCACAGUGACAGUGGACGCCUCUCACUUUCGAGCCCAGUGGAGGAGUUUCAAACAACCGACUUCAAUCAAGAACAGGAAGUGGUGGUUUCAGAAAUCCGAAGUCGGGCGAUGGAGAAGUUGAGACGCAAGUCUAGUCCCGUGACUGAUAGCUUAGCCUGGGUCGUUUCACCAAGAAGCAGAGAAUUGUACUUAAAGGCACAUCAACAAAAAGAUGAUGAAGAUGAAGAAGAUGAAGAAGAUGGAAGAGAUGAAUUCUUUUCUGUUGGGAGUAGCUUCCCUUGCUAUUCAAGUGCUGUUAGCAGAGAAGCAUAUUACCCAGUUAAGACAAACUUCUCUUGCUGCAGUCCAGGCUUGAAAGGGUUUGAUUUUCAAGAGUUUCAAAAGCUUGAUUUUCAGGAUCUCCAGAGGUCUAUAAUACAAGAACUGUGUUUAUGUGAAGGAUGGCCGUUCGGCCUCUGCAGGAGAGCUGUGUUACUACCACCUCUACCCAAAUCGCCAUCUGAAUCUUGGUCAUGGCAUAAAGGCACUAAAAUUGCUAAAUUUCCUUGACUUUAGAAUAUCUAUUUUCCUUUUCUUUUGGUUUCUUGUGUUCAUCAAUGGAUGCAGACCCACUUGCUUAAGAAUAAUGAAGAGCCUAAAUAGGGAAUUCAGGCA